UCAACUGACAACUACAGAUGCAGACCGCAAUUCAUAGCAUACGACAAGAAUACAAAUUAUAAAUAAACAAACAUAAAACUAAAUUUACUAAAUAUUUGUCUUUGUUUAUGUUUCAUAAAAAAUUAAAAUUUAAUAACUAAACUAGAACAAAUAUGUCCUUAAUGUGUGUUUAUCAAGAUUGCCUAUCAGUAAAGUAUCCAUGUAGUAGAAUUGCAUUUUUUCGAUUACCAACCGAUGACCGACGAAGUACUUGGAUCAGGAAUUCGGGAAAUAAAUCACUUUUGAAAAUAAGCGAGAAGGCUCAAAGAUUUUUUUGUGAAAAUCAUUUCCGAGAAUGUGACAUAAAUAAUCAAUUUAAUAGAAAACUAUUGAGGAGAGAUGCCGUUCCUAUCGAACAUGUGUCGUUGAGAGAUGCCUUAAAACCAGCCGCAGAUGAGACCAACGUGCAUGUCGAAUCCAAUGAGUUCGGAAGUAAAUUUUUAAUAAAGAACAAAAGUAUUCCUUUGAGGCCAAUAGUUGAUACGAUUCAUCACCAAAAGAUUAUCCAGAAAACAAACACAGAACUUAUAGAAUGUCUCGAAGACAACACUGAUUAUCAAAGUCUCUUCGAAGAACUAGAGAGCUCUACAACAGUUGAUGCUGACGAGGUGGACACCCCUGCAGAGGAAAGUAGUAGCAGUAAUCCAUAUCGUUUGUUAGAAUUAUAUGAUGAUGCUAGUGAAGAACCUUCAACUACUAGAAUUCUUGUACAGGAGGAAGAUCAAGAAUCCACAUCAACAAAAACAAAUGAAAAACAACAUCAAGGAGAAUCAAUGGAAAUAUACCUUGAAGAAAAUAGUAAUAAUAACCAAGUAGAUUCCUCGACAAUUGAACUUGAGGGGGAAAACGGAGUGGAAAAUAUAGAGACACUUGAUGAAGAUGAAGAACCCACAGCAUAUGUGUUACCAACUAAGAGGAAACGUCCAAAUGAAACCCUCGAAAUACCACCACCGGUACCGGUGGUAAUGGUGGGAACACCCAACAGUGAAAUUAAUAAAAAUCAUUCAUUGACAACUUGUAAUAAUUAUGAUACCUACGAAGAAGAUAAGCAUUUUGCUUUGUCGCUAGUUGGAUAUUUUCAACGUCUGCCACAGGGUAAGAAAGCAUUGGCUAAAUUGAAGAUUCUGCAGUAUCUUACUGAAUUAGAAGUAGAUUUGCCAACAAGUUUGUAAAAAUGUAAUAAACAAUAAUUGUAAGUAAAUUA